AUGUUAUUGAGUGUUAUCAACACACAAGACAACACUGAUACAACAGAAAUAUCGGUCGAAUGGUCAAUCAGUACAGUAGCUACGGAGGAACCUGUUACAGAUUCAACGAUUACUACUAAUCUAAUAAUAAUAACAGCAAGUACAACCAUUGCCUCAAAUACUGAAGAAACAAGUACAACGAUUGCUUCAGAUGAUACAACAUCAAAUACAAUCGUUGAUCCAGAUACUACAGCAACAAGUACAACGAUUGCUUCAAAUGAUAUCACAUCAAAUACAAUCGUUGAUCUAAGUACUACAACAACAAGUACAAUGAUUGCUUCAAAUGAUAUAACAUCAAAUACAAUCGUUGAUCUAAGUACUACAACAACAAGUACAACAAUCGCUUCGAAUGCUACAAUAUCAAAUACAAUUGUUACUGCAAAUACUACAGCAACAUAUACAAUUGUUACUUCAAAUGCUACGAUAUCAAAUAUAACCGUUGCUUCAAAUACUACAGCAACAAGUACAACAAUCGCUUCGAAUGCUACAAUAUCAAAUACAAUUGUUACUGCAAAUACUACAGCAACAUAUACAAUUGUUACUUCAAAUGCUACGAUAUCAAAUAUAACCGUUGCUCCAAAUACUACAGCAACAAAUACAACCAUUACUUCAAAUAUUACAGCCGCUUCGUGUGUUAACUAUAAAAAGCGAAAGAAAACUGUCUUUAUACGCAUAAUAUAUUUAUACAUCGAAAACAAUCAUUCGCAAAAUAAAUUAAUUAUAAUCAUGUUAUAUCGAUCGAAUAUUACUAUGAUCAAGAUCUUUUUUACUAUGCUUUUGGCUCUAUUAGUUUCACGUAUUGUUGCACAAAAUAGCUCAGUAAUAGCUGUUGUUGUAAACACUACAGCAACUUCAUCAAUUGCAACCAAUAACACAAUAAUAGUUGUGUUGGAAAGCUCAACAAUGACUACAGAUGUGCCAACAGAUACAACAGAAUCAACAGAUUUGACAACAGAUUCAACGGAUACAACAGAGUCGACGGAUACAACAGAGCCAUUAGAUCUUACGACGGAGUCAACGGAUACAACGGACACAACUUCGUCACUGAAUCUUACGACAGAGUCAACGGAAUCAACAGAUACAACUUCGUCAACGGAUUCUACAACACAAUCAACUGCUACAACUUCGUCAACGGAUUCUACAACACAAUCAACAGAUACAACUUCGUCAACGGAUUCUACAACACAAUCAACUGCUACAACUUCGCCAACGGAUUCUACAACACAAUCAACAGAUACAACUUCGUCAACGGAUUCUACAACAGUGUCAAGUACUUCGAUAAGUUCAACGACAUCAACAACAACUGCUACUGCUGGAUGGACAAUGCCGAAUCAUGGUAUUUGCUUUUACCCAAACAGUGUACUUUCUAUUAUUAUUGUUUCUUUGUCUCUUUUAAAUCAAUAUAUUUUGUCUACAUGA